UUCCCGACUCGCACGAUGGACUGCACGCACCGUGUGACUUUGUUUUCAUAACCUCAAAUUUCCGUUUGUUUUUGUGCGUCAGCACCCCUAUAAACUUAUUUCCCACUUUAAAACCGCAAAAAUGGUGAAAGAAUCGAGCAGAGAAGGCAGUUUGAAAAAGAAACGAAAAACCGCCGCCGCCGCCGACAGCGAAACGGACGUAGAUAUUUACAAAAAAUCGAUCGAAUUCGAAGAAAAGGAAGCCCUCGCCCGCCCCAACGAUGCCGACGCACAAAUCUACUUCAACACCUGCAAGGAAAUCCGCCAAUUAUUCGGCGAAAUAAGCGAACUGAAGACGAAAAACAACCCCGACAACAAGAUGAAGAUAAUGGAAAAAACCACGGACGUGUGCUUGUUGCUCGUUCUGUUGAAAAAAUUGAACCGAAUGGAAAAAGUGAGGUUAGUUUUCCCGAAGGAACAACUCGCGACGGAGAAACAAAAAGUCGAUAGUAUUAAUUUGCAAUACCAGAACUUGUUGUACGAAGCCAACCACUUAAUUUCGGAGUACAGGAAGUGCUUCCAAUUUAAAUCCAAAGACGAACACAUUGAGUUAGUGCCCGUGGACGAGUUCCUCCUGGAAGCCCCUGAAAACCUCACGAAAAAAUUCUUCAAAUUUGACGAAAACGACGAAAUGAUGAAGCACGAACUGCGACUAGCGCGCCUGGAGUGGGAGCUCCAACAACGCAUCCACCUCGCCGACAUGUGCAAAAAGCUUGAAGAAGAGAAGAAAAAACUAGAAGCUGAUAUAACCGAACGCAAAAACAAGUUGGAUAAAUUGGGGCCCUUGUUGGCUACGGUUAUGGAGGCGACCAAGCCGGUCCAGGAGCACCUAGGGCUCCACAUUGACAAGACCCUAGCUGAGCAUAAACUGGCGUCUUUGUUGCCCAACUCUUUGUACUUAUUUUACGCCAAUAUUGACGCCUACAGGCAGGUUAAUGAUAAGAGUAUGAACGUGGAGAUCGUGGGGGACCAGGAUGAGGCCAUUCAAUGGAAGGAAGUGGAGUUGAACGAGCCCGUUGUUGAGGAAGACGACUUGUCGGACGCUGAACAGGAAGCAGAGGCACAAGAGAGCGAGGAAAUCGUCGAGACGAAGAAAAGGCGGCACAGGAAGUCGGUGCAUGUGGAUCCGCUGGAGGAGAGGAAGCGGAAACUCCUGCAGGUGCACCCGUUGUCGAUCGAGGUCACCGUGAGUGUGAAAGACGGGCCUUCGAUUAAAAUCAAGUUUAGUUAUUAUGUGAAGUUGGAGAUUGUGACGGUUUCGGCGACCGUGGAUAUUCCUAGUAAUAUUACAGGUAACGCCGCACGAGAAGUCCUUUCCAACGAAAACGUCCUAAUCGAACUUGUGGAAGGCGACUUCGGUCUAGAAAGCCCCAAUCCUUGCACUUCCUACCAGCUAAAACGGGUCGGGUUGGGUUCGUUCCAGUCUCUAGUCCCAGAGUUAGGUUACGUAUACGGGUGGGCCCAGAAAGUCUGCGGCAUAGACUACCUCAACAAACAAACCAACAAGUUCGUUACUAAGCAAACAGCCGACCACAUGAGCCAAACCAACGUCGAACUGGUGAUGAAAACGGUCAAAAAGCGGCUAAAAUCGCGAUAUGCUUUGGCCAAACAGUUGGAAGAUUUAGAAAGAAACGUCAUUCCGACGUUACCAGCCACCGUGGAUCUUCCACGCACGACAAUUUCCUCUUUAACUAAGUGGAGUUCAUCCACGUAUCAGGAUUUCUGUCAAGCCAAAUUUACAGAGUCGUUGCUUGAAACGGACCUCAUUUUUCCCAACGACAUUUUUUACCUAGCAACCGUGACACGUGACAGCGCCAACCUGCAAGCUUUUGUAGUUAUUAAAAACGACUACCCGGUGGCGCCACCUAUAUUUUCGUUGUCAUUGAACUACAAGGGGGCCAAAAAUUCACAGAACGACGACAACAUUAGGGAUAUGGAGCGGGCGAUUAAUGUCGAUUGGAACCACGAAUUUUCCAACGCCAAUUGGUUAUUGUCGGCGCAAAUUACGUCAUUGUGCGUUUGUUUGGAUAUUUAUUUGGAAACGGACGACCCGUCGACGUUUCAGCAAAACACCAUGUAUAUAAAAUCAUCGUGCGGACGCAACAGAAGGAAGCCGUUCAAGUUCAGGAACAUCGGAGUGGGCGUCUACACUCAAUAAUCAUAUAGUUUUUAUAAAACAUCAUUUUAAUAAAAAUUUUCAAGUUUCGGAAA